AUUUAAUGUUAUUUAUUACAGUGAUAUUGAAGGUUCUAACUUUUACUACAAACCUUACUUAACUGCCAACGAUAAUGGACUCAAAUGCUGAUAUACCCAAAUCGGAAGAUGUUUCUGGCGGAUUUCUCGUCAAUAUCUUUACGAAUCCUCUCAAUCUAUUUCUACUAUCCAUUUGUGCCUACUUGCUGUACAAAAUCAAGAAAUCGAACGACGAAGAGGAUGAACAACACGAGCCAGUCGACACCGGUCUUCCUCCAAUGAAAAAAAGAGAUUUGACUGUUGCCCAGCUGAGUGAAUAUGAUGGAGUGAAAAAUGAAAGAAUUCUCAUUGCUGUCAAUGGGAAGGUUUUUGAUGUUACCAAUCGUGGGAAAAACUUUUAUGGGCCAGGUGGUGCGUAUGGAAUAUUUGCUGGACAUGACGCAUCUCGUGGAUUAGCUCAAUUCAGGUUGGAUAAAGAUGUUAUAAAAGAUGAAUAUGAUGAUUUAGCUGAUCUGGGCAGUGCUGACUUAGAAAGCGUUAGAGAAUGGGAGAUGCAAUUUUUGGAAAAAUAUGAGUUUGUUGGAAAACUACUCAAAGACGGAGAGGAACCGACGGAUUAUUCAGACGAAGAGGACACAGCCGAAGAAAAAGAGAAAAACAAGGAUGAUUGAAGAACACCCUUUUGAACAAGUCGAGUCGUUAAUUGUAUUUUAAUUGUACAAAUUAAAACUAAGAAAGAGCACUCUGGGGAAAUAUAUUAGAAGGUCACUCAUCACUAGGAUUGGUUGUGUGAUAAUUUAAACCCAAUGCAUUUUGAAAGUCUUCAGAAAGACAACGAAUUAUAAAUGAGCGAGGGAAAGUUGUAAUCAAAAUGCCUAAAUAUUUUCUCAUAUAAAGUCAGAUAACAAAUCCUUGCUGCAAUACAAUUUUCCAAAGGCUACCCCAAACAAUCUCCAGUUUGCAAACUAAUCACUUGUUAUCUUUUUCCUCUGAGUUGUCAUAAAAUGACAUAAAAUAAUAUGUGGCAAAGCUGUUAAAUAUUUAUUAUUAUUGUCCAUGUCAACAUUAUUGUAAGCUUGAAAACAACCGUGAUGUGUAAUUGUUCUAGAUAGCUAUUUAUCGGUUCACGUAUACGUUAGUCGCCAUUAUGCCAGGCUGAAGUGUUUUUAUGCCUCAUUUAGGUACUCCCGUAGUGCCGUAGUAUGUGUACCAGGUUAGGGUUAGGCCAUAAUUUUAUUUUCCUUAUUUUAGUUCUAUUACGAGUUCGGGGACUGUCUGUGUUAGCCAAAUGAAUAUACCCCCCAACCCCCCAUAGGUUUCAGUCCCAUUACACAACUUGAUGUAAAGUUAUCUCCAUAUUGGUACACACACUUCUGGAGCGCCCUCAUUUAUGAUAUAGGAGGUCUAAUUAGAAUUUAGUGCUCUUUUUAUUUGAUUAUGCUCAUACAAUCAACAUAAAUAUUGAAUCUACCAUAUCCUAUCGAAAAAGUUUUAUGUGUAAAAAUUAUGGUUAUCACACAAAUGUGAGAGUUUUAUUAACUAUACUGAUACACACAUUGUCCUGCUUGCCAUGUUUGUCAGGAGGAAAAAUUGACAAGAUCAGGGGAUGCUGCUACUUUGACAAUAAUAGAGUUGCUGAUUGCCAUUUCCUCCUGUAACUUUAAGCACCACAAUGGCGGCUGUAACUUCCUUUGAAAUAACGUUUCUGGUGUUUCCAUGAGCAAUUUAUCAUGACAAAAUAUUCCAAACCAUAUCCAGGUUUGCAAUAUUUAUAGGAUUUUUACAACAUAAAACAUAUUUGGAUGAUUUUUGAUUUUCCAAUUUCAUUUUGCUGUGAGCUGCGUACAGUCAUCAGGCUAUUCUUGUUUAAAUUGAUGACACUUCAAUUAAUGUAGUGAUGCUAAAUUUAAGGUACUCCCGUAGUAUAUGUACCAGGUUAGGCCAUAAUUUUAUUCCGGUUUUCUUUAAGCUUUCCGGUUAAACUGAGAAUAUUUAGUUAUUUUAAGAGUUCGGGGACUGUCUGUGUUAGCUAAGUGAAUAUACCCCCUGCCCAUAGGUUUCAGUCCCUUUACACAACUUGAUGUAAAGUAGGCAAACAAAAUUAGUUACCUCCAUAUUGGUACAUACACUUCUGGAUCGCCAAAUUUAUUGGGUUGUGUUAUCAGUUUCCUAUUUAUUAUCUCUGCCAUAAAUGUUGCUAUUAUAUCGUUUAUUAUUGUUAGUUUCAGAUUAAUUAUUGUUUUGUGUAUCUUGCUGGAUUCUUCAAGUGUGUAUCAGAUAAUUAUAUUCCCAGUUAUUUACUACCAUUUCAGUUGAAUACCACGAGAAAGUGUGUAUUUUGUUCGGAGAUAUUUUUUCGUUAUUAUUGCUUGGAUUCAAGGUUUUUUAAAUAUAUCUUGUUAGCUAUUCCUAUGAUUUCAAUGUAAUAAAUAUCGCAUUGAUAUCAUUAACAAAGGAUAAAAUGGAGGACCGUGUACUCCUUUGAUUUAAAAUGAGUUUCGAAGUUUUAUUCGGUAUAACAUUUAGUCGGCUAAUAUUUACUUUUCAAUCUCUAUUUUCUUUCAAGUCGUGCAUGGUGAAGGGGAUAAUUUUCUGAUUAUUUAAUAUACUGAAUUCCAACUGCCUGAUUAUUGACAUGACCAAAGCUUCGCUUAUAUUUAAUGGAUGCCUGAUUUUUAUCAUACUCUGACAACGUGCAUGCAACACUGUUGUUCAUUGUGUGACUGUUUUUGGUUCAACUCCAAAGAUGCAGUGACUCAAUUUCAAAAAAUUGUAAGUAUUUUGAUUACUAAUAUGACUCAAAUGCAUGAUUUCUAACCUAAAAUUUAUACUGUAUACUUUCUGUUAAUUCCCAUCCAGAAGUACGACCUUCUGGGUUAAAAUCGUAUAUUGAAAAUUACAAUAAUGGAAAUAUUACCCAACAUUUUUUUUUUCAUUUUUUGUUGUUUAAUGAUUAAGUUAAAAAGAAUUGUUGUGGUUUUUGUGAAUUGAUUCAAUAGAUUUUAAAAAUAUCAAAA